AUGGAUAAUAAAAUAAAAUUAUUAAGAAGCAUAAUUCCGUUGAUACUGAAUGUAUCACAUUAUAUGACAGAUAUAAUAUAUUUACUAUAUUAUUUUGAAAGAAUAAACAUCACGUCAAUCAACAAAGAUUAUCGAAUCCAAUUAACUAAAAAAAUAAUAAUAUUGAGAGAACAGUUCCGUGAAUUAUUAAAUAAAGGAUCAACAAUAGAAAUUACAAAUAGUGAGGAGAUAAGCAAUAAUAAUAACAACAGUAAUAAUAAUAAUAAUACAAAGAAGGAGAAGGAGAAGGGGAAGGAGAAGGGGAAGGAGAAGGAGACUAAUGAAAAGAGUUGGAAAGAUGAGAUGGAUGAGAUUAUUAAGUUUCGGAGAAUGUUAAAUGAUCAAGAUUUGCUAAGUCUAUUACAUGACAUAAUCCGAGAUGUAAUGAAUAAGUACAUAACAAACAACGACAACGAAAUCAAAUUAAAGAACCAGAUAAAUAAUUGUGAGAUUGGAUUGCACAAUAUAAUAAAUUUUCUGAAUGGUGUAAUCGAUACGAGUAAUAACGACAUAAUAUAUGACGAUAAUAUAAACAGGAUACUAAAUGAAGAAUUAAUAAAUUCCUGGAGGGUAGAAUUGGAUUUAUUUAAUUGUUUGAUCUUUGAUAUUUUCACACAUGAGCCAAAGAUAAUCAAAUCGUUCAACGAAAGAUAUCAAUGUAAGAUAAGUGAAAGUGAUUUAUCCAAGGGUGAUACCUUUAUUAAAUUUAUAACAUGGUUAAAGGAUGAGGAAGUAUUUGAUGGUUCAUUAAAUCUGUGA